UAUUUUUUCCUAUGCAUAUUAUACGUCUGUUUCCUCAAGUAUAAUUUUUUUUUCUUACUGAAAUUAAGUUUUUUUUUUUUAUUGUAGCAUUAUUUAAUUAUUUAUUAAAAUAACAAUUAUAAAUUAAUGGCUUCUAAUGCAGGAAAACGGCAAGUUCUUAAUGCUUUUAAACUAGUUCAUAAAGCAAGUUUAAAAUGCUUCAAAAAUGAUAACUACAUGCAAAUUGCUGCAAAAAAUCAAAUUAACCAAGAAUUUAAAAAAAAUAAAUGUAUUUCUGAUCCUAAUACUGUACAAAAUUUAAUCAAGUUUGCCCAAGAUAUUGAAAACGAGUUAUUAACCCAAGUUGUACAAGCUGAACAAAUUAGUGAAAACAAAUUUAGGCUUAACAUAGAUCCAAAAAGACAUACACAUGAAAAUAUUCCUUAUGCUGAAUUAGAUGAUAAAACAUAUAAAAAAUGGAAAGAAGCCAAAAAAAAUGAUGGUAAAAAAAAUAGAAAAUGUUGCUGUGAAUAAUAAUGUAAAAAAAGAAUGAUCAUUUAGUUAUGUAUAUAUUCUAGUUAGAAAAUUAUAUUGAUUGUUUAAUUUCAAGAUUUUUUUAAAUAAAAUAUUAAUGCUACAAAAUUGUUAUAAUUAUUUAAUAAUUUUUUUUAUUAUUGCUUUAUCAGCCCAUUAAGGACCAUAGCGGUCUUCCCCAAAAGAGGAGGUUUCUUAACCAUUUAUACUCCAGGACGGGUGUUUAGGGAUGGCGACUCCAGUUACCGAACUGAUCUCUUGUUCGGCAAAUGAAGCCACCUAUGACAGAGUUUCAAACCUGAGGCAGUGCGCGUCAAGCACUGCCGCGUUAUCGACUCGACCACACUGUCCCUCUAAUUAUUAAUAAUAAUCUUACUGGACCGAUUUUGAUGAACAAAACGUCAAAAGAUCACAAAUCGAAUCUAGUUGAUAUAUAUUAUAUCUAGUUCCGGAAAUAGUGACACUAUUAUAUACAUCUUAAAUUAAAAUUUAUGUAA